UGAUUAGUCGAACUCUGUCGCUGGAAUAACGAGAUAAAAAGAUCAAGUGCAUGUGACUACUAGUAGUAUUACAAAAUGACAGUAAAGAAAUUUUAUAAAAGUUUUCCUAAAAAUUACCUUCAAGGGCCCAGUAUACAGAAUGUUCCAAUAUUUAGGAAUUUUGCGCACCAUAAGACACCAGCGUCUUCAACCAAAAGUUUUAGUAAAAUUUUAGUGGCCAAUAGAGGGGAAAUUGCGUGCAGAAUCAUAAAAACCGCCAAGAAGAUGAAUUUAAAAACGGUGGCUGUUUACUCUGAAGCUGAUGCAUUCUCUCCCCAUGUGAAGUUAGCCGACGAGGCAGUAUUUUUGGGGCCGUCUUUGGCGUCCGAAUCCUACUUAAACAUUAAAAAAAUCAUCGAUGCGGUUAAAUCCACCGGUGCAGAGGCGGUGCACCCGGGUUACGGUUUCUUGUCCGAGAACGCGUCUUUCGUUUCUCUGCUGGAGGAUGAAAAAAUAGUUUUCGUUGGACCCCCAGCUGGGGUAAUUAAUAAACUCGGUGACAAAUUAGCAUCAAAGAAGCUCGCUCAAAAUGCAGGCGUUAACGUAAUUCCAGGAUUCGACGGUGAAAUAAGGGAUGCUAAACACUGUGUUGAAAUAGCUCGGCAAAUUGGAUAUCCGGUAAUGAUAAAGGCAUCUGCUGGUGGCGGUGGCAAAGGAAUGAGAAUUGCAAGAAACGACGACGAUGCAAGGAACGGCUUUCAAAUGUCAACUGAAGAAGCCGCUUCUAGCUUCGGAGAUAAUCGUAUUUUACUUGAGAAACUUAUAGAAAGCCCUAGGCACGUUGAAGUACAAGUCUUAGGAGAUAAACACGGGAGGAUUGUUUACCUAAACGAGAGAGAGUGCAGCAUUCAGCGCAGAAAUCAAAAAAUUGUAGAAGAGGCGCCGAGUACGUUUCUGGACGUGGAAACUCGAAAAGCUAUGGGCGAGCAGGCCGUGCGGCUUUGCACCGACAUCGGCUACCACUCCGCAGGAACUGUCGAGUUUUUAGUGGACAAGAAUCGCGCGUUUUAUUUCCUGGAAAUGAACACAAGACUACAAGUGGAACAUCCCGUCACCGAGGCGAUAACAGGGGUUGACAUAGUGCAACAAAUGAUUCGAAUCGCCCAAGGAUAUCCACUCGAUGUAACUCAAGAAGACGUAAAAAUUAACGGACACGCCAUUGAAUGUCGAAUUUACGCCGAGGAUCCUUACAAAAACCUGGGUUCCCCGAGUAUUGGAAAACUUUUUAAAUAUAGAGAGCCGAAUAGGGUUCAGGGAAUAAGAUGUGAUAGUGGUGUUGAAGAAGGCAGCGAAAUCACUUUCUAUUACGACUCAAUGAUCUGCAAACUAAUAUGUUUUGGGAAAGAUCGACAAGAAGCCAUCAAAAAAAGCACACAAGCACUUGAUUAUUACGUUGUGAGAGGAGUUACGCACAAUGUGCCACUUUUGCGGAGCAUCCUGUCGCAUGAACGUUUCGCAAUCGGGGACAUAAACACAAAUUUCUUAUCGGAAGCGUAUCCGAACGGCUUUGGCGGACAUGAGCUUAAUUUGCGCGAAAAAAAUCAACUACUUGCUAUAGCCUCAGCGUUUUACGUGAGGAAUGACUCGAGAAAUCGGGUGAAUAAUCCCACCCAACAAAACGAGUGGAAUGUUGUUGUAAAACUGAAUCGCGACACUCACACUGUACGCAUUUCCGAGCGAUGUGAUUUUUUCGAAAUAGAGAUCAACGAUUCCAAAGUGUACAAAAUAAAUAAAAUGGGUUUAAAUUUAGCCGAACCGGUGACAGAAAUUAAAUUAAAUGGAGAGCAAGCUGUUGUGCAAUUGAUUUCUAAAAACCCUAGCGGUGAUUACAAAAUCUCCUACCUUGGAACUACCUACGAUUUAAAUAUAAUUCCCAAGAAAGCGGCGGAUUUGUUACACCUAAUGCCCCAAGAACUUCAGCCAGAUAUAUCUAAAACAAUUAAAUCCCCGAUGCCAGGUUUAAUUAAAAGUUUAUCUUGCAAAGAAGGCGAUUGUAUAACCGAGGGCCAAGAGUUGUGUACAAUUGAGGCCAUGAAGAUGCAAAAUUCCAUAAUUGCACUCACUUCGGGCAAAAUUAAAACGGUUUACAUCAAGGAAGGCAGCGUAGUUAGCGAUAACGACGUUUUAAUCGACUUGGAAUAAACUUUUUCAACACGAAAAACGUUUUUUAUUCACCAACGCACUUCAAUUAUUUAGAAAUAUCAAUCUGGGAAACUUGGGCGUUUGCCCAAAUGGUAAAUUUUGAUUAAUGGUAAAUUAAACCGAAACUCAAAUAGGGCGACUGCAACCAUGGCGUUGUCCAAACAGUGAGAGGAUGGUUUUGCGGUGGCGGCCGUAUAAAUAAGACGGGGGCGCAGAUGUGGCCCGCCGGGAGCCCCACGAAAGUGUUAAGCAGGAUUAGAGCAGCCGCGUGGUCGCAUUAAGUACAGACGAACUAAAGUCCUUGUCCUGACCGACAAAUAUUCCCUCUUCGAACGGGAUAAUGCCCUUUCCGCCUUAAUGGAUUGUUUAGUAAUUGGAUUGACUGUAAUUCAAGACGCUGGACAAGUCGCCAAAACUAACGCUGUUUGUUUUAAAUUAUACCAAGUCAAACAAUGGGCUAUGUUUACCGGUGAUUAUAUUGAUUUUCAUCAAAUUUAAACCCAUGCAUUGUUAAGCUCCUCGAACGACGUUGG